AUGUGGACAGCUGCGCGACUUAGAGAAGCCUUUUUGGAGUAUUUUGAACGAGAUGACCAUGUGCAUUGGAAGUCUUUUUCGGUUUUGCCUGAUGAUAAUACGCUUUUGUUUACUAACAGUGGGAUGGUUCAGUUUAAGAAGAAGUUUCUAGAUCUAGCCGAUGAAUCAAGUGCUUAUGGUCAGAUGAAACGAGCCUGUAAUUACCAGAAAUGUAUUAGAGCAGGGGGUAAACAUAAUGAUUUAGAUGAUGUAGGUAAAGAUACCUACCAUCAUACCUUCUUUGAAAUGCUUGGCAACUGGAGUUUUGGCGACUACUUUAAGGAACAUGCCAUUGAGCUGGCCUGGAAGUUUUUGACUGAAGUACUGCAACUAGAUAAGGACCGGUUGUAUGUUAGUUACUUUGAGGGCCAGGCGAGUACGAACUUACCGGCUGAUUUAGAAACCAAGCAAAUCUGGAGCAAGUACUUAGAUACCAGCCGGAUCUUACCGUUUGGAGCUAAAGAGAACUUUUGGGAGAUGGGGAAUAGUGGGCCUUGUGGGCCUUGUACUGAGAUUCAUUAUGAUCGGGUGGGCGGCCGUGAUGCUUCAGCUUUAGUGAACAUGGAUGAUCCAGAUGUGAUUGAGAUAUGGAAUGUCGUAUUUAUGGAGUACAACAAGAAUGAAAAGAUGGAGUUAUCUCUCCUGCCUAAGAAACAUAUUGAUACGGGCAUGGGACUAGAAAGAGUGCUAAGUAUUCUGCAGAAAGAAAGCAGCAAUUAUAACACUGAUCUUUUCCUACCGAUCUUUAAGCAAAUCGAAACUACUUUACAGAUUAGACCUUAUACUGGUUUAUUAACGGAUAAGUUGGAUAUUGCCUAUCGUGUGGUAGCUGAUCAUAGUAGAACUUUAGCCAUUGCUCUUAUGGAUGGGAUUAUGCCAUCGUGUGAUGGACGGGGCUACGUAAUUAGACGAAUACUACGGCGGGCCCUAGGAUUCCAGUACUUGCAUAUGAAGAAGACUCCAGGACUUUUACCUGAACUAGUCCGAGCUUCUUUUGAGUACUUCAAUCCUAUCUACCCAACUGAAACGGAUAUAGUUAAGGUCGUUAGUGUAGUGAAGGAAGAAGAGGAUCAGUUUACGAAAACCUUAUCAGUUGGACUGAAUAUUCUAGUUGAGCUCAUUGAGAAAACCAAAGCAACAGCAAAGCCUAUUCUUAGUGGUGAGGACAUAUUCAUUCUUUAUGAUCGGUUUGGGUUCCCAGUUGAUCUAACUACGGCGGUGGCAGAGCGAGAGGGCGUGCUAGUGGAUCAUGACGGGUUCUUACAACGCCAGAAGGAAGCCAAAGAGUUAUCACGUCAAGGUGGAGCACAAAGUACAGGCAUUCAACUUAGUGUGCAUGAUAUUUCUGCGCUAGAAGCCCGGGAUUAUCCAGCAACUGAUGAUGGGUUUAAGUACGCAGCCGAAGACUUAGUUUGUGGCCGAGUUCUAGGUAUUAAGAUAGGAACUGAUUUAGUUGCUUUGGACGAACUAGAUAAGUAUGCUGAUGUGCCAGAGUGUGGAAUUGUACUGGAUCGAACCUCUUUUUAUAGUGAAGCUGGUGGACAAGAGGGCGAUCAUGGUGAGAUUGUGCUACUGAGUAAUCCAAUUGAAGAUUCAAAAUCUGAUGAAGGUUUUGAUUUGGAGAAAAGAACAAUUUCUUUACAGAUUAGACAGUCGGUUUUCCAAGUUAAAGAUACUAAGCGCUACGGCAAGUAUGUUCUGCACAUUGGAGUACUUAAAGGUCAACUAAGAGCCCAUGGAUUGUGCAGAGUUAACUUAAAACGAAGAAACCGUUUGGCUAUCGCGCAUACUAGCACUCAUUUACUGAACUACGUUUUGCUGCAUACUUUACCUGGGGAUAUUGGUGAGCCGCGGCAGUGUGGAAGUUUAGUAAGUGAAGGCAGAUUACGAUUUGACUUCUGGUGGCCCCAUGCUUUAUCAGCGGCCGAGAUCACGGCUAUUGAAGAUAAGCUAGCUAGUAUUUUAGCCAAGAAAGAGAAAGUGCGGGCUUAUCAUAUGCCAUAUGAUGAGGCUAUUAAGAUCAAGGGGUUGAGGUUUAUGAAAGAUGAAGCUUAUCCGCAGACAGUUAGAGUGAUUAUGGUGGGUGAGAAGCCAAUGGAUGAACCCCAUCGUUCCGCCGAGUUAUGUGGAGGCACGCAUGUUUCUAACACAGCCGAGAUAGAAAAGAUUCGUAUUCUUGCGGAAGCCGGUAUUGCCCGUGGCGUCCGACGGAUUGUAGCACUUUGUGGCCAAUCGGCUAAAGAUGCCGAGCAUCGUGCUAAAACCAUACUAUCUCAAGGAAUCAGCAACCAGCAAGAAUUGCAAGCUAUUCGCAAUGAGUUGGAAACAAGUGAUUUCCCACUUAAAGAAGCCCAGCAAAUUCGUGUUCAGAUCGAAAGCUUCCAAAAGGCGCAGAUUCAAAAGCAAAAGGCGUAUUUUGAAGCCGAACACCAAAGACUGGUCCAAGAACUAGAAGAAAAGUCGCAUAUUCUCUUUACAUGCGCACCUCUAGCCGAUAUGCCGGCCUCCAUGGCAACUAAAAUGCUAUCUCCAUUAGUGCAACAUCUUGAUAAGAAUAAGAAGCAUGGAGUUAUUCUCUAUCCAGUCGAUGAGGGUGUGCUUCUUUAUGGCGUACUUCCUAAUGCCUCGGAAGUUCUUAAGAAUGCCUUUAAAGAAGACCGAGUGGCCAAAAUUGGCGGCAAGGGCGUUAAAGCUUUCGGUAGCACCUCUUACCCGCUUAACCAAACCAUUGAAGUUCUCAAGCACUCUUUAAGCUUCCUUUAA